CUCACUAUAUCUGCCCUCCCAGGACCCUGCAUUCACUAUAUCCGGUCUCCCCAGGACCCUGCGUUAUAUCACUAUAUCCGGUCUCCCAGGACCCUGCAUUCACUAUAUCUGGUCUCCCAGGACCCCGCAUUCACUAUAUCUGGUCUCCCCGGACCCUGCAUUCACUAUAUCUGGUCUCCCAGGACCCUGCAUUCACUAUAUCUGGUCUCCCCCCCCCAGACCCUGCAUUCACUAUAUCUGGUCUCCCCGGACCCUGCAUUCACUAUAUCUGGUCUCCCUGGACCCUACAUUCACUAUAUCUGCUCUCCCCGGACCCUGCAUUCACUAUAUCUGCUCUCCCAGGACCCCGCAUUCACUAUAUCUGGUCUCCCCGGUCCCUGCAUUCACUAUAGCUGGUCUCCCAGGACCCUGCAUUCACUAUAUCUGCUCUCCCCGGACCCUGCAUUCACUAUAUCUGGUCUCCCCCGGACCCUGCAUUCACUAUAUCUGGUCUCCCCGGUCCCUGCAUUCACUAUAGCUGGUCUCCCAGGACCCUGCAUUCACUAU